GAGAGAGCAGCCGGAGGCCCUCUUCUUGGAUCACCCUCCCUUCCCCGGAGCUCCUAGAUCCUCUGUCACUGCCUCUUGCUCCUCUCUCUCUCUCUUUCUUCCUCUCGCUGUUGUCCUGGUCUGCUCAGCGAUAAUGGCGGCAGGAAAGACGACGCUCUCGCAGAAGAAGGCGGACAUACAAAUGAUGCUCGCGGCUGACGUCCACCUUGGCACCAAGAACUGCGACUUCCAGAUGGAGCGCUACGUCUUCAAGCGCAGGACUGACGGUAUUUACAUCAUAAACCUUGGAAAAACAUGGGAGAAACUUCAACUGGCUGCAAGGGUUAUUGUUGCUAUAGAGAAUCCACAGGACAUCAUCGUCCAGUCUGCGAGGCCAUAUGGUCAACGAGCUAUUUUAAAGUUUGCACAGUACACUGGAGCUCAUCCAAUUGCUGGGCGUCACACCCCUGGAACAUUCACAAAUCAGCUUCAGACAUCAUUUAAUGAGCCACGUCUUCUUAUUCUAACUGAUCCCAGAACAGAUCACCAGCCAAUUAAGGAGUCUUCUUUGGGAAAUAUUCCCACCAUCGCUUUCUGUGAUACAGACUCACCUAUGCGUUAUGUGGAUAUUGGUAUUCCAGCGAACAACAAGGGAAAGCACAGCAUAGGUUGUCUAUUUUGGUUGCUAGCUAGAAUGGUUCUGCAGAUGAGGGGAACAAUUCCUCCCAAUCACAAGUGGGAUGUCAUGGUGGACCUGUUUUUCUAUAGGGACCCUGAGGAGGCCAAGGAGCACGAAGAAGAGGAAGUUGUUGCUGCCCCAGAUUAUGGUGCCACUGAUUUUUCAGCAGCAGCACUUGGCCUUGCCACAGACCAGUGGCCUGGCCAAAUUAGCGAUGCCCAGUGGGGUGGGGAGGUUCCUCCUGCUGCUGCUGCUGCAGUGCCAUCAGUCGAGUGGGCUGCUCCUCCAGUUGCUGUUUCUGGUGAUGGAUGGGACACGGCUGCUCCCCCGCCAACUGUUGCACCUGCGGUCGAUGUCGUUCCACCACCAUCAGGUUGGGAUCCUGAAAUGUAGAGAGCAGAUUGACAUUCAAAUGCAUGAUAUCGUUUUGAUUGUGGGUUUCCGUUUUACUAUGUUUCAAAGUAGUCAGUUUUGUAGCCAAGAGUAUAUAGAGAUGGAACUCUUCUUUCUUGAAUGAGUUAUUUUUCUCUUAGUUGAAUUAUGAUAUUUAACAAAUGGAAGAACUGCCUUUUGAAGUGCAUAAUGCAUUAUCUAUUUAAGGUCUUCA